AUGAGUCAAACUGAUAGAAAACUGUCUUCUUCCAUUUUUUGGUCUCUCCUUUGCAAUCAUCUCGUCUCACAUAUGCCUAGAACUUUCGAAGGUCGUCGUGUUAAGUGUUCUCAAUAUUGGCCUUCGCAAACAGCUGCUUUCGGUGCGCGUCGCGACGGUCAGCUGAAAGCUGGAGUUUUUACGGUGACGUCUCUCAGCGAGACCUCUGAGGCUGGUGGCUUAUAUAGGCGUUCGAAGCUACGUGUCACUCGUGCAUCUACUUCAUUUGCACCCUCCUCCGACUUUCAUGGGUCGGCCAUGUCGCCUUCGUCAACUUCGGGGAUCACUGGCUCUAGUGGCAAAUCUCUUUCCUCAGCUCUUCAACCUGCAUUUACGAUGCUUAGCCGGCGCUCGACUGCAAUGGCAUCCAAAGCGGCUGCACUACUUAACCCUGCACCUUUGCGUUCUUCAACAGAGGAUUUUCAACUCCCUUCUGCUGCCUCAUCAGAGCAGCAGAGUCUGGAAGUUGAGCAUCUUCUUUUCCUCGGCUGGCCCGACUUUGAUGUACCUAGCGAUGCUGAUGGCUUCCUAGCCUUCCUAGACGUCGUAAAUAGGCAAUAUGCUGAUAUCGUCUUCGACCAGCACUCAAUAAGCCACUCCUCACCUCUCUCCUUGCCUGCCUCGAAUACCUCUCUAUCCUCCAACAAUAACCCAAUGUCAGCAUCGUCAAACCCUCAUUUGACUUUUAACAAGCCAGGAACUGAACGUUGUGGUCUCGGUUUCUCAGCACCUGCCGAGAAAAAUACAAACGAGGCAUCAUCUGUUGUGCAGGACCCUAACAUCCCUCCAAACAAGGUUCAGAUUCAAUCCCCCUACAAAACUGCAGAUGAUUUACCAUCUCCAAUCGUUAUUCAUUGCAGCGCAGGAAUUGGACGAACCGAUAAAUUGUCAAAAUUUAGCUACUUUCCUAUUUCGGUGGCUUUGAGUGGCCUUUAA